UAGGGGAUGGUCCAUCCGCUGAAGGUCGCUGUGCCCUCUGUACGUGCGGGUUUGCUGUCUGCCGUGUGGGGUGGACCAUUGCGGAGCCUGAGAGCAGCAGCAGCAGCUAGAGAGGGAGUAAGAGACGGGGAGGUUAACAGUGGGAGAGUUACCUGCAGGCUCAGCUCCGAGAUUAGCUCCUGUUUGAGAUAAUGGCAGCUCACAUGUUGGUGUUGGUCCGACACGGGGAGAGCACAUGGAACCGGGAGAACCGAUUCUGCGGCUGGUUCGACGCCGAUCUCUCAGAUACCGGGAGGGAGGAGGCGGCCAGAGGGGCUCGGGCUCUGAGUGAAGCCGGCUACCAGUUUGACCUGUGUUACACCUCGGUGCUGAAGCGGGCGGUGCGGACCCUCUGGACGGUGCUGGAAGGGAUUGACCAGAUGUGGUUGCCCGUGGUGCGGACCUGGCGGCUCAAUGAGAGGCAUUACGGGGCCCUGACCGGCCUCAACAAGGCGGAGACGGCGGCCAAACACGGAGAGCAGCAAGUGAAAAUCUGGAGGAGAUCCUUCGAUGUCCCCCCUCCCCCCAUGGGGCCGGACCAUGACUUCUACUCCAUCAUCAGCAAGGACCGUCGCUAUGCUGACCUGUCUGAGAGUGAUCUUCCCGCCUGUGAAAGUCUGAAGGAUACAAUAGCCCGUGCCCUGCCGUUCUGGAAUGAGGAGAUCGCGCCCCAAAUUAAAGCUGGGAAACGGGUGCUGAUUGCGGCUCAUGGAAACAGCUUGAGGGGCAUUGUCAAACAUUUGGAAGGUAUGUCUGAGGAAGCUAUCAUGGAACUGAACCUUCCAACGGGAAUCCCCAUCAUGUAUGAGCUGGAUAAGAACCUGAAGCCAGUGAAACCCAUGCAGUUCCUGGGAGAUGAGGAGACUGUGAAGGCGGCGAUGGCUGCUGUGGCCGCUCAGGGCAAAGCUAAGAAAUGAAGAGUGGCACUGAGGGAGGGUGAAAACGAGUAGGAAGAUCAGAAGAAUUCCAUGAUAUAGUUUCUUAAGGGAAAAUAUGUAUAUGUAUGCAUUUGGGGAAACCGUGAUGACACAUAACUCAAUUAUCAUUGGAGAGGAAUUGUACUUCCUAUUUUGCUUAUUGAACACGCUUCCUUUCCCCCUCCUCCAAUUUUCACUUUCCAACCCCUCACCUUCCUUCCACUCCUCCUUCUCUUCCUCAUCCUCUGUUGCCUGUAGUGACUUGUGUUGUCAGUUUUAACUUCUAAGAGUCAUUGCACAUUGCCCAGCCUUCAUUGUGAGUGUGAACUGUAGAGUAUUAUGUCACUCCUCCAUGAAAAAUGUAUUUUGGUUGAUGUCCGGGACUGUAGCUGAUUUAAUUGACAUUAGAGUUCUCCUUUGUGCAUUGGCUAAGAUCACACAGCCAUCAUUGUCCUUAAUUAACUCUCAGCUCAAUCUCAAAAGUUACAGCAUUGAGGACUAAACUGGGGACGACACAAUGUGCUUAUCAGUGAAAUACUUACACUGCCACUGAACAGACAAUGGAAUUAGCAAAGGCUCAGCAUUAAGGAAUUCCGUUUGUCAAACUGUCUGUAACUACUAUGAUCGAGUGAAGUGAGUUCACCACAUUAACAUUCAAUGGGAAUAGUAAUGAGCCAAUGAGUGAAGAAAUGAAUAUGCUGGAAGAAGUCAGGCAAGUCUCAUGCUUACUGUAUAGUCAUAGUCAGCUUUAAACAGUGAAUCUUGAAUGGAACAGUUAGGUCAAAAAUGAGUGAAUGAGGUCACAGACAUUUUACUUAGAAGAGCACAGGCACCUCACAUGCUGGGCUGAGUGGCCAUCUCUGUAAUCAUGACCAAAGACCAAUUGCAGGCACCUUGUUCAGUCAGUCCAUGAAUAAAAUGUUCAAUUCAGGCUGUAGCCUGAGUAUUUUUGAUUUGACAAGGAGCUAAGAAUGGUGUUACUUUGUGUUUCCAACACUUGAGAAGUGCUGUCCUCUGUCAGUGUUAGAUUCUUCAGCCUUUUCCCCGUCAACCCCUUUGUGUAUCUGCUUUCCUGCUUGAGGAUGGUUGCUGUGUAUUACAGUAAGAAGCUGACAGGAUCCCAUACAUGACCUGAAGCCCAAUGUAUGCCCAUCUUUGCAUUGUGAACCUUCCUGUAAACAUGAGCCAGUGAGUAAAUGUAACUAUGAGGAGA